UCGUAACCUCAUCUGUGAAGCUGUCGAGCGCGACGAGCUCAAGGGACUCCUCGCAGCGCUCGCUCAGACUUGUCGAGUGUUUUUUCAGCCCGCGAUAGAAGCCCUAUGGGCCACCGUCGAGCUUGGGGAUUGGCUGAGAUACACGAUGCCAGAAGAUGUGUGGAAUGCGGGCUUGGGUUCCGGAAUGUCCAGAAUUUUGUCACCGCGGAGAGACAUCGUUUCCCAAGACUGGACACGCUCGGUUAUCUAUGGUCCUUGCAUCCGUGAUUUGACCUGCCCUUCCUCCGGAGGAUCCGCGCUCGAUGUUGCCCAAGCACUUGGUGCGAUCCUGAUCUGUCCACCUCCCGAGACGUGCCUUGUCUCGCUCCAAUCGCUCACGUGGCAUCAGAACAACCUUACGGCCAUGCGCCCGUUUCUCGGACCGAAGUUGACCAGCCUACACAUCUGGUCUCCCUGCUUAGAGGGGAAUACUGACGAAAACAUGGCAUUUCUAUCGGAGAUCUCGCAUCGAUUCUCCAAGACGAUGCGUGAUAUAGGCUUGCACUUCGAUACGUCUGACGAGGAAGGGCCCGCGGAUCUGCUCUCCUCCGCGUUCGCUCUGUACGA